AUGACGGAUCCGGGCGUCGUACCUCCGAACUGGGGAUUCUACAUGGGCGACGAGACGAAGAGGAGAAGGUAUUGCAAAAUGUGCAAUGUCUGGAAACCUGACCGGACGCAUCAUUGUAGCAUUUGCAAUCGCUGCAUCUUAAACAUGGACCACCACUGCCCAUGGAUCAACAAUUGCGUUGGAUUCUACAACAGGAAGUUCUUCAUUCAGUUAUUGUCCUACGUGUACCUGAGUCUGAUAAUAGUAGUGCUCUUCACCAUUCCAGAAAUGUAUUCCCGAGGAAUGGAGUUAACCAGGGGUCCCAACAAGUACGGCGAGUCAACUUUCUAUUGCCUGGAGACAAUUUUCCUGACUUUGGCGUUUUGCAUGGCCAUGUUGUUGAUAUGCACUCUCACCAACUUCAUUAAGUUUCACAUGAAGCUGGUGUUGGAAAAUUACACCACCAUUGAGAACCUGGAGCGUGAGGAGGGUGCAAAAAGUAAAUUCGACAUUGGGCGCCGCAGGAAUUGGGAACAGGUUUUCGGGCAGAACCCAUGGAUGUGGUGGAUUCCUCUCCACACGCAGGCUUCAAGGCCCAUCGGUGACGGAGUCAGAUGGCGAGUGCAUUACACCCGAGUCAUUGACGAGGACGAAGAAUUGCCAGCGGACGAAGAGGGGAUGUCGCAAGCCAGCAGACUCCUCAACCAGGGAAAUGCGUCCGCCAACCGUUCCGCUGGACGGUAG